AUGAAGUGGACGUUUGUCCUGUUGGCACUGCUGCCGUGCUCCUGGUGCGCGUCGGCCGGCAUCUCAACCCAGGAGAUGCUGUCCGGCGUGCCAGAGUGUGCACGGGCUUGCCUUUCCGAUGCCAUUUCCAAGUCCAGCUGUAAAUCGACCGACACCACAUGCUUGUGUGCGGACGACGGCGCUGCCCUGGCGCCCGGUGCCGUCUGCUACUCCGGUAACUGCACCAUCACAGACUCCCUCGCGACGCUCAACGACACCAACACCUUCUGCAACGUCGAGAUCCGCGACAAGUCGGGCAUCUUCAUCAACGUUACCAUCGUCCUCGGCGUGCUCUCGGGUGUCGUCACCGCCAUGCGCCUGGCCUCGAAAUUCUUCAUCACCAACUCCGACUUUGGCCUCGACGACCUCUUCAUCGUCCUCGUCUUCCUGUGCGGCGUGCCGUCGAGCGCCAUGAACGUCAACGGCACCGCUGGCCACGGCGAGGGACGAGACAUUUGGACGCUCAAGCCCGACGACAUCACCGCGUUCGGCUUCUGGUUCUACGUGCUCGAGCUCUUUUACUUCUGCCAGGUCUCGCUGCUGAAGAUGUCACUGCUCUUCUUCUACCUGCGAAUCUUCCCGGCCCAAGGGCCGCAGAAGCUGCUAUGGGGCACCGUGGGCUUCAACGCCAUAUUUGGCGUCUUCUUCGUCUUUCUAGCCGCGUUCCAGUGCACGCCGGUGAGCUAUUUUUGGACGAGCUGGGACGGGGAACAUGAAGGGAAAUGCCUCAACAUCAAUAGCAUUGGCUGGGCCAACUCGGCUGUGAGCAUUGCCUUGGACGUGUGGAUGCUGGCCAUUCCGCUGUGGCAGUUGCGGGGUUUGAAGCUGCAUUGGAAGAAGAAGAUUGGAGUCGCAGCCAUGUUUAUUGUCGGAACCUUUGUUACCGUCGUCAGCAUCAUCCGUCUGCAGUACCUGGUUUCGCUGGGCUCUUCGCACAAUCCCACCUACGACCAGAUCGACAUUUCGGUAUGGUCUACGGUCGAAAUCAACAUCGGCAUCAUCUGCGCGUCGAUGCCGUCGCUGCGCAUCCUGCUCGUCCGGCUCUUCCCCGUCCUCGGAGGCUCGUCGUACGACAAGAGCAAGUACAAUAACUACGGAGAAACGUACGGACGGAGAUCGAAAAUAAUCAAUCGGAGCCAUGCGCUUGUAGAGCUGCCGUCCCGAUCAUCGUCUCCCACGAGGCCAUCGCAUGGAGGGAUUGAGAUGAAGCGAACGUUUAAUGUGCAGUAUAGCGAGGGGGAUGAAGCAAGCCUGGUGAAUCCUAAUGAUCCAGGGAACAAAAUGCAUAGAGGGAUGAGUGCUACGAGUGGCACCAGUAGGAGCGAGGUGUCGCUGUAG